AUGAGUGAUUGGUUGCCGACAUCCGAUACAAGCAGUGGUCAUCCGAACGGCCAGAACGGGGACUCGCGUUCACCGAAUCCGAGUCCAAACACCGGUCGUUGUAUUUAUGGUUUUGUAUUGUUUUUGGUCUCAAUUUUGAUGUUUUUGUUGUACUUCUUGUACGCCAUAAUCACAACACAAGUGUUUCAAAGCAUAGGUUUGACUUAUUUUGAGCGCAAGUAUUGGUCGCUCGCAAUCCCGACACAGAUAUUGGUCUCAAUUGUGAUGUUUGCUGUCUGUCUCUACCCAUCGGUUAACUAUCUGUUCACUCCAUCACUCAAUCACUGCAACACUUUGUUUGACUCAAACACUCGCAACACAUCAUCAAUGAAGACAUCAUCGAUGGACACAAUGGAGACAAAAGAAGAGAAAAGUCAUCGCAAAGCUAUUCCUCCGAUUCAAGACUUGAAACCAGACUUUGUUUCACAACAAUUAUAUUUAAACUAAUUGUCGAUUCAAUUAAUAUUAAAUUUUUUUAUAUGAAUUACA